UUCUGCGCAUCCCACACACAGAUUGACGAGAGAGAAGCCAUGGCGGGCAUCGGGGCCAUGAUUGCCGCUGCACUUUUGAAGGAGGUGGUGCAGCAGAUUGGUUCGUUGGUGGGAGGUCAGAUCAAGCUGCAGCAGAACUUCGACAAGGACCUCAAGGAGAUGAAGACUACCCUCGAGUCCAUUGAGGCGCUCUUCAAGGACGCUGAGCACACCAACACCAACAAUUCCAUGCGUUUGUGGCUCGAUCGUCUCAAGAACGCCAUGUAUGGCAUCGCCGACAUGAUUGAUGAUUUUGAAGCGGGAACUGAGGCUGAUCCAACACGCAAGUUCUCUAUCAAGAAACAUCUAACAGUUAUGAUGCCUUGUUUCACAAUCGGACCCAAGUUCACAAUGGCUAACAAGAUGAAGAUGAUGAGAGAGGAACUGCAGGGGAUCACAGAUCAAUACCAGAAAUUCAUGUUAGUGCCGGGCACUAAUGCCGAUGAACCGAAUCUGAUACAAAUGCGUGAAACAUCAUCAACCAUUGAGGCAUCAGUCAUUGGGAGGACCGAAGAGGAAAAUAAAAUAUGGGUUUCUUUAGCUGAGAGCAUAAUAGAAGAGCUCAUUGUCCUUGCAAUACACGGCAUUGGAGGCCUUGGCAAGACGACCCUAGCGAAAAUGAUUUACAAUAAUAAAACAAAAUUUGAAGACUACAUCCGGGUAUGGAUUUAUGUAUCGGAGACAUUUGAUUUGAACAAAAUUGGCAAUUCAUUAAUAAGUCAACUGUCAGAGAAUGAGAGUCCCUACACUGAAAAGCAGAUGAUACAUAGAUCACUUGCAAAGCUACUUGCCAAUAAGAAGAUUCUGAUUAUUCUAGAUGAUUUGUGGGUGGAGGAUGAUUCCCAAUUGGAUAGUCUGAUUGCCAUGCUUAAGGUUGGAACGGGUAGCAAGGUAGUUGUUAUAGCAACCACACGCAAUGAGGAGAUUGCGAGGAAAAUUUCGGCCAUUCAUAGUCAAACAAAAAUUUCGACCAUCCCCCCACAUGAGCUAGCAUCACUGACGGAUGAGAUGUGUUGGACUAUAAUUAAGCAAAAAAGUGGCUUUGAAUCUAGAGAUGAUAAAGAACAGUUGAAGGACAUUGGGGAAGCCAUUGCAGUGAAGUGUGGAGGUGUGGCUUUAGCUGCUCAAUCAAUUGGACCCAUUUUGGAAACUAUGACCUAUCAUCAAUGGAAGAAAGUGAGAGACAGUGAUAUCUGGAAAGUAUCUGCUUCUUGUUUAGAUCCAAAAGAUAAAGCUGUAACACGGACUGCACGAUUCCGCUAUGGCGAUGCCAAUGUUACAACGUUCACCAUGCACGACCUGGUGCAUGAUCUAGCAAGGUCGGUGAUGGACGACGAAAUUCUUCUCGCUGGCAAUGAUGGCAACAUUGGGGGAAACCGCUGCCACUAUGCACUGCUCAAUGAUUGUACCAACCUAUUGGAGUCACGGAGGAUAAGGGCACUCCGUUUUAUGGGUUCGGAUGAAAUUCGACUUGAUGAUGUUGCAUUUGUCUGUGCUAAAUCCCUGCGUGUGUUGGACUUGAGCGAGUGCUCCAUUCAUGAAUUGGCAGAUUCAAUUGGCCGAUUAAAGCAGUUGAGGUAUCUUAAUGCUCCAGGGGUAUAUGCAGUUCCGGAUAGUAUCACUAGGCUGUCAAAAUUACUUUAUCUCAGUCUUCGAGAAUCUUCUCUAUCUGCACUGCCAGAGUCAAUCGGAGAAAUGGAGGGUCUGAUGUAUCUUGAUUUGUCAGGCUGCGUGGUAAUUGAAGAACUGCCAGAAUCAUUCGGGAAGCUAAAAAAACUGGUGCAUCUUGAUUUGUCAGAAUGCUCUGCUUUGGAAAAUAUAUCCAAGUUUAUGUGGAGCCUCACGGACCUGCAAUAUUUGAACUUAUCAAGGUGUUCUUGUAUUGCAUCGCUACCAGAAUCUCUAGAUGGCCUUACUAGUCUACAAUACUUAAAUCUAAGUCACUGCUUUCGAGAAGGUGAAAAUCUAAUGGACCGUAUCAGUGCCCUUUCCAAUCUGGAGCAUUUGGACUUGUCUUGGAAUAAUGGUAUUACUUCUCUACCAGAAAGUAUUUGUAACCUGAAAAAGCUGCACACACUGGACCUCUCGUACUGCAUAAAGAUUCAGAAGAUACCAGAAAGUAUACGUAGAAUUGAUGGUUUGAAGACCCUAUAUUUAGAUGGCUGCCUUAGUCUUGUUGAAAAACCUGCAUCUCAUCCUAGUACCAGUUUCGUAUCAUUACCACUUUUUCAGGUGUGCGUUAGAGAUGGUGAAUCAAGCAGCAAUCUUGUCUGCUUAAAGGACAUGAAUCCUCAGGUGCUGAACAUAGUCUGGCUUGAAAAUGUGAUGUCCGCAGAAGAGGCUCAGAGUAUAAAGCUGAUGGAAAAAAACAAUCUCAAAAAGUUAUGUUUGUCGUGGACUGUAGGUGCUGAGAGGUUUGUGGAUGAUAAAGUGUUGUUGGAGAAACUAGUGCCACCGAAAAGUUUACACAAGUUGGUGAUAAUGGGUUAUAAUGGCGUCACCUUGCCAACAUGGAUCAGCCAACCGAAUUCGGUGAUACUAACCGAUAUGGAACAUCUAGAAGAGUUGAGUGUGUCAGACUCCAGUGGCAUGUCUUCUAAGUUGAGCAUAAAUAACUGCCCCAAGUUGAGGAUGAGGGACGGGCCACUUCUUCCUAGAGCAGCUCGCUGGUUGGAGAUAAUACGGAGUGAUAAUGUGCUGUCAUCAUGGGGAGAGUGUAAAAUGUCAAGCACCGGUGCUUCCUCCUCCUCCUCCUCCUCUUCUUUUUCAGUAGGAGUAUUAACUACUACAACUAGUCUGAAAGUUGGAUACAGUGAGCUCCCCAUGCAGCAGUGGAGACUGCUUCGCCACCUCUCUGGCCUCCAUUUUUUAGAGAUCAAGAGUUGUCCUAACCUGACCGUCUCCCCUGACAUCAUCCCACAUCUGUCCUCUGUUACGCGUCUGGUGAUAAGCGCAUGCGACAUCUCAUCACUGCCGCAUUGGCUCAUGGACUUAACCAGCCUCCAGCACCUUGGGAUCGCAUAUUGUACAGGCAUCAGGUCUUUGCCGGAGGGCAUACAACAACUCACCAAGCUCCGAAGACUUCAGAUUAACGGAUGCCCUGAUUUGAAGAAGUGGUGCGAAUCGGAGGAAAACAACAUGAAGCUUGCUCACAUAGAAGAUAAGGUACUUAUCUUAAAUUUGAUUCCUAUUGAAGCAAGUACAGAGAGGACUUCCUAUCUAGGCUUGGACCGAAGUGGGAAGUUCAGACAAAUGCACAAAAGGUUCCAGCGCACAAGUACAGAGAGUCGCCUAAAGAUCGCCCUGUGA